AAAAACGUUCAAACCAAAAAAACCGUGGCAACGCAUAUACCUAAUAUACACAGAUUUCUUCAUCAUAUCUGCCUGCGUCCCUAUCCCUCCGUGGCCGAUCGGCGGCCGCCGAACUACUGCACUACAGCAGCGGAAGGGGCUCGUACCGUCGCAUGUAUACGGCAGCCGACCAACCAACCAACUCCCCGGCAGCCGCAAAUCCUUCCGUCCCACCGGGAAACAUCCCUCUCCCUCUGACGCUGCUGCUACUCACCCUCUCGGAUCCCUUUCCACCCCACCUCCCAGAUGCGGCUGGCGACGACAGCGCCGGCGCCUCCGCCUCCGGAUCCGUUGAUCUAGUUGCUGCUGCUUGAUUGGGGUUAGGAGGAGGUGGAAGAGGAGGGAAUAGGAGAUGUUGUUCUGGAAGGACGGCGGCGGUACUGGUGGCGGCAACGGACGGGACCUUAGCGGCGGGCCGCCCUGCGGCCAGGUUCGUGUACUCGUCGUUGGCGACUCAGGUGUUGGCAAAUCUUCAUUGGUGCAUCUCUUACUGAAAGAUUCUGCAGUGGCUCGACCAGCCCAAACAAUUGGGUGUGCAGUUGGUGUUAAACAUAUUACUUACAGUAGCCCAGGGAGUUCAUCUAAUAGCGUCAAGGGUGAUGCUGAAAGGAACUUCUUUGUUGAGCUUUGGGAUGUUUCUGGACAUGAGCGCUACAAAGAGUGCCGUUCACUUUUUUAUUCACAAAUUAAUGGUGUCAUAUUUGUUUAUGACCUCUCCCAGAGGAAAACAAAGACAAAUUUGAACAAGUGGGCAGUGGAGGUUUCUGAAUCUGGGACCUUUUCAGCUCCUCUUGGGUCUGGUGGUCCCGGUGGCCUUCCAGUUCCUUACCUAGUUAUUGCCAACAAAGUGGAUAUUGCUCCAAGAGAUGGUAGAAGAGUGAGCAGUGGUAAUCUUGUUGAUGUUGCUCGUCAAUGGGUUGAAAAACAAGGUCUGCUUCCAUCCAGUGAAGUGCUUCCACUUGCAGAUAACUUUCCUGGCAAUUCUGGUUUGCUCACGGCUGCCAAAGAGGCAAGAUAUGAUAAAGAAGCUCUAAUCAAGUUCUUCCGCAUGUUGAUAAGGAGAAGGUAUUUUUCGAAUGAGCUUCCUGCCCCUAGCCCAUGGUCACUCACUCCCAGGGAAGAUACCAUUCUUCCCGUAGAAACUGUGAACGAUGAUGACAUGUUCCAAAGAAAAAGCUACGGCGGACAGAGCUACAAAUACAAUGGGGUUACCCCACUGCCUGCACAGCGGAACCUAACUCCGCCCCCCACACUCUAUCCACAGCAGCCAAUGUCCUCUUCAUCAGAAAACUACAGAUACCACAGAUUUUCCUCUUCGUCAAUACCUGAUUCAAGUGGUGGUUCAAAAAGCCGAGCGAACCUUAAUAUAUGAUGGGAUAUGGCGCCAGAGCAUUAUGUUUGUGGGAUCACUAGUGAUAAUUCUUUGGUUCUUCUCUGUAUAUCUCCUAAUUUUGUGUAUGAAUUCAAUAUAGUUAUUUAGGAAAACACAUUACAUGGUCAGAUGGUCUACACUGUGCAACGGCAAUCUGAAUCAAUCUUUUUUCCUGAGUCCCUUCAAGUCACCUGGGAGAAAUCAAGUCUCGUGGUGUUAUGGGGCACAGCAACUUUAUAUAAAUCAGCAUUCAGUCUGAUGGGUUUUCACUCUA